AUGGUGCAACAUACUUCAUACAUUCUCCAGCAAACAAAGAAAACAAUGAGCUCCAGCAGCACCACCCAACCUAGCAACCCCCAAGCCCGGGGCGCCGACCUGCAAGACCUGCACUGCUACACCGAGACCAACGGCGUCAUCACGACGACCAUGUUCGACGUGCCUGGCUACCGCGUGGUGCGCGUGCUGGGCGCCGUAUACGGCCUUACGGUGCGCUCGCGCAACUGGGCCAUGGGCACCGGCAUGGUCCUCAAGUCCGUCAUCGGCGGCGAGCUCACGGGCUUCACCACGCUGCUGUACAGCGCCCGCAAUGACGCCAUCGGCCGAAUCGUCGCCGAAACCCAGGGCCGCGGCGGAAACGCCAUCAUCGCUAUGCGCUUCGAGAGCGGCGACCUCGGAGGCUUUUGUCAGGUCUGCGCCUAUGGAACCGCGGCUAUCGUGGAGAAGAUCGACCCGGGUGUCGAGGAGCAUCCGCAGCUGGCGGAGACGGCCAGGUGA